AUGGCUGCACUCCUUCAGUUUUUUCUAGUUUUCAAUAUUCUCCUCCUCCUCCUCCUUGGGAGCAGCAUCUCAUUGAUGAUGAUGAGUCUAGCCGUAGCAGGGAACAACAAAAACAACAACAACAACAACGAGAUAGAUCGAUUUGCUUUGCUGGAUUUCAAGAAGCAAAUUUAUGAUUCUUAUGGAGCACUAAGUUCUUGGAAUGAUUCCAUCCAUUUCUGCAACUGGGUUGGGAUCACAUGUGGUCAUCGUCACCGACAACGGGUUAUCGGCUUGUAUUUACCAGGGAAGGGCUUGGGAGGUAACAUAUCUCCUUCCAUAGGGAAUCUUUCUUUUCUUCAUUCCCUCGACAUUGCAAACAAUAGCUUCCAUGGCAAAAUCCCACAAGAGAUUGGAAAUCUGAUUCGACUACAGUACAUUGUUUUUCAAAACAACACUCUCCAAGGAGAACUUCCUACCAGCUUGGCCAACUGCACUCGUCUAAGAGAAAUUCGCUUCUCUUAUAACAACCUUGUCGGGAAGAUUCCAAUUGAACUAUUUACGUCUUUGUCAAAGCUGGAAGUAAUUUCCAUUAAUUAUAAUGGUUUAACAGGAGAAAUACCAUCUUCUCUUGGAAACAUUUCCUCCAUCCGACGUAUCUCUUUGAGUUAUAAUGAACUGCAAGGGAGCAUUCCAGAAACCUUGGGUCAGCUAACAAACUUAUUCUUUCUAGCACUUGCUCUAAACAAGUUAUCUGGUAUGUUUCCUCUCUCACUAUACAAUCUCUCAUCUCUUGAAAUAAUUGGCCUUACACAAAACCAACUACAUGGGAGCCUUCCACGAGACAUAGGCCUCACUCUUCCAAAUCUCAUAGAACUAGUUAUUGGAGCGAACUUUUUCUCAGGGAGAAUUCCAAAUUCCAUCUCCAAUAUUUCAACACUUGAAACAAUUGAUCUCGGUGAAAAUAGUUUUGUUGGACCCGUCCCUAACAACUUAGCAAAUCUUCAAAACCUUCAAUGGUUCAGCAUUGAAGAAAAUCAAUGUGGAACAGGGGAAGCUGAUGAUUUAGAUUUUGUAUAUUCUUUGGUCAAUUGUACAAAUCUAAUGAUGUUACAAUUAGACAUCAAUGGUUUUAAGGGUCCCCUUCCCAACUUUAAAGCCAAUCUCUCAACACAACUCUCAAUACUUUAUUUGGGAAAUAAUGAAAUAUCUGGAACCAUUCCUGUUGGGAUUGAGAAUCUUGUCAACUUGACCUUUUUGGGUUUGGAGGGGAACUUUCUCGAAGGUAAUAUUCCGUCUGUCGUAGGAAUGCUUCCAAAGCUUCAAAGAUUAUUCUUGGGUGGAAAUAGACUUUCAGGACAGAUACCUUCCUCUAUAGGCAAUCUCACUCUUUUGUAUGAACUCCAUUUAGAAGAAAACAGCUUGAAUGGAAGCAUUCCUUCCAGCAUUGGAAAUUGCCACCAGUUACAGUUCCUAACCUUGUAUAAAAAUAGCCUCCAAGGCCCGAUACCUAAACAACUCUUCCUUAUUUCCUCCUUUUCAAUAUCUCUCGACUUAUCUUCUAAUUCUUUGACCGGUUUCCUACCCAUUGAAAUCGGUAAAUUGAAGAGUCUUUCUACAAUAGAUAUCUCCAAAAACAGAUUGUCUGGAGAAAUCUGGUCCUCCAUUGGUGAUUGUAAUAGUUUGGAACAUCUUUAUAUGAGGGGUAAUUUCUUUGAAGGAACCAUUCCUCAAUCUCUGACUCUUUUGAAGGGGCUUCAAGAUUUAGAUCUCUCAUUCAACAACUUAUCAGGGCAAAUUCCAAAAGAUCUAGAAAAGCUUUCAGCAUUGCAGAGUUUAAAUUUAUCCUUCAAUAAUCUUGAAGGGGAGGUACCAACAAAAGGAAUCUUCGAAAAUGCAAGUGCAAUUUUCGUGAAUGGAAAUGGUAAGCUUUGUGGUGGAAUUGUGGAGUUACAUCUGCCUGCAUGUACAAACCAUGGAUCUACGAAACGAGAAAAGUCCAAUGCUCUUAGAAUAGUUUUGGCAAUAAUCGGUGUGGUUCUUGGUUUUAUUUUGAUAUCUUCCUUUCUUAUUCUCUAUUGGAGAAAAAGAUCAAAAAGUAAACCUCCAUCCACCCCAUUAAUCGGCGAACGUUUCUUAAAACUUUCUUACAAAGAUCUCUUCCAAGCUACUGGAGGAUUUUCUUCAGCUAAUUUCAUAGGUUCCGGUAGUUUUGGCUCUGUAUACAAAGGUAUUAUCGACCAAGAUGAAACAAUUGUUGCAGUCAAGGUACUCAACCUUCAAAUUCCAAGAGUCGACAAGAGUUUUAUGGCUGAAUGCAAAGCAUUAAGAAACAUUCGGCAUCGAAAUCUUGUCAAGAUUUUAACUUCUUGUUCAAGUAUUGAUUCAAAAGGAAAAGAUUUCAAAGCCCUUGUUUAUGAGUUCAUGCCCAAUGGGAGUCUAGAUGAUUGGUUGCCCUUGCCGAUGGAGGCACAUAAUCAUUCAAGAAAUUUAAACUUUCUUCAAAGAUUAAACAUCGCAAUUGAUGUGGCUUCUGCUUUGGAUUACCUUCAUUAUAAUUGUCAUGCGCCAAUUGUUCAUUGUGACUUGAAGCCAAGCAAUGUUCUACUUGACAUAGAUAUGAUUGCACAUGUCAGUGAUUUUGGUUUGGCGAGGCUACUUUUGGAACCUGAUGACAAUCCAUCUCAGACUCUAACUAGCACCAUUGGGAUAAAAGGAUCUAUUGGCUAUGCUGCUCCAGAAUAUGGAAUGGGUGGAAGGGCAACCAUCCAAGGGGACGUGUUUAGCUAUGGGAUCCUUUUAUUGGAGAUGUUCAUAGGAAAAAGGCCAACGGAUCAAAUGUUUACUAGUGACUUAAAUCUCCAUAACUUUGCAAAAGCAGCUUUACCUGUACAUGUGAUGCAAAUUUUAGACCCAACACUCCUACCCAAGGAAGAACAAAGUGAAGUGGUUGAAGAGAUUGCUAUCAAUAGGAUUGAAGGUCCUAGUAAUAGGAUAGAUCAAUUGCAAGAUUGCAUAACGUCAAUAAUUGAAAUUGCAGUCCAGUGCUCCAUGGAAUCGCCAAGAGAACGUAUGAACAUGAAUGAUGUUGCGAAAGGACUACAUUCAAUCAAAGGAAAAUUUUCUUGAAGCAAUAAUUUAUCAAUACAUAACAAC